AUGCGAAGGCCCCUGCUGAGGAGCCUCCAGUGGAGAUUGAUGAACAAUGAUCCAUUGAGGUUGCCACUCCUCAGAACCGAUAAGUGGCAUGAGCGGGGCGUUACUUGCCAUCAUGCGAAAUGUUUAUGUAUCAACGCACAAGGAAAGAUCUGGAAGAAGAAGACGGCCAAAUGGCUCUUCGUGGCUCCCAAACUGCUGAUGUUUCCCCGCCGCGUCCUUCGCACUUUUUGGGGCGGGGCCCGCAUGGCCAUCCGAAAGGUGGGAGGGGUGUUCCCUAAUCGGUUUUUUUUUUCCCUUCAGGGUUCUGAAAUCGAAAAGGAAAAAGUUACCUCACUCCCUUCUGGGGGGCGGGGCUGUUCAAAAGAAAACAUCCGUGACAGGACUCGAACCUGCAACCCUCUGAUCCGUAGUCAGAUGCUCUUC